ACUGCCUCCGUAGAACAUUGUGCUGGUCGUGGUUGUCUGGGUAACUACAGUAUGUCUUAAAGUCGGGCUGGCAGCUCGUGGUGGCUCUUGGCUUGCCGUCGGGAUGGUCCAGGCAAGAAGUCACCAUGAAGUGAACAUUCCAGAGAUUUUUCUGAUACAAGUAGUGAGCCAUUGGUGCUUCUUUCACAAGUGGGUGCGCUCUAUGUACAAAUCUAAAUUCAUACCAUGUUCUGAAGGUUGCAGCUUCCUUGCUGUCGGGUGUAUGCUUUAAUACACGGAACACUAAGUUAAUGACUGAAGAACAUACUCCGUUUAUAAUGGAGGACUAUACCACCAGGACCUAUGGAACAGGUGGUCUGGACAACAGGCCUUUGUUCGGGGAGACCUCUGCCAGGGAUAGAAUCGUCAACAUUAUUGUUGGUGUUUUAACAUCCCUUCUGGUCCUGGUAACCAUUAUCAGUGCUUUCGUCUUCCCUCAACCACCUCCAAAACCAGUGAAUGUUUUCUUUGCCUUCUGCAUACUGCUGUGCUCAAUAACUGGUCUCAUACUGAUUUUUUGGUACCGGCAAGGAGACUUGGAGCCCAAGUUUAGGAACCUCAUUUAUUACAUCUUAUUCUCAGUUGUCAUGUUAUGUAUAUGUGCCAACCUAUAUUUUCAUGAUGUGGGGAAGUGAAUCAUGGGAACAAGGCAACAUAAACUACAUCAAAAAGCAUGUUUUAUGGCAAUGCCAGAGAAUGAAGACACUAGGUGGAAGCGGCACAGAAGUUUUACUUUGUUAUCCCUUUUAGGAAGGGAGGAGCUACUGCCAUAAGGGACUUUUUCACCUUUUAAACCAUUGUUGCACUUACAUUUUCUGCUAUGGACUGGCACUUUUUUCUUUGUUUUAUUUUUAAUUUUAAGGACUAAUGAAUAAGAAGAAACAAAGAGUGCACAAUAUGUUAAAUAAUCUUUAUUUUGUUUAAAUAUAAUACCAUUUUCUUUUUUCUAUGCAACAGAUGCCAGUACUAUAUUUCACAUGACCAAAAUUAUGUUAGGUUGUGAAAGACAUUUUCAACAAGAGGGUUUCAAUAAAUAAAAUAAUUUACUUAUCUGUUUUCUUCACAUUUUAAAAGGUAAAGCUCUAAAAAUGACUUGCUAUUAAACUAAUGUCUAUCUAUGUCCUUUUAGUACAAUUACAAUACAUUCUGUGCUUAUUCACGGACAUGAAGGGCUAUUUUAUGAGUUGUAGGACUGUAUCUAAUGCCCAUAACCAAC